GUCUAUGGGCUGUUCUUGUUGGCCCAAUACCUCUAUAGGGAAGCCACCUCUCCUUUGAACGCCCUGCCUGGUCCACCGAAUUCCAGUUGGAUUUAUGGAAAUUCGAAGGAGAUCCAAGAUGCUGAAACCUCUGUCACACAAGAGAAAUGGGUUGAAGAGUAUGGAACGACGUUUGCUUAUAAGUGGUUCCUCGGAAAACGUCUGUAUACGGUGGAUACUGUGGCUUUGAACCACAUCCUUAUGAGUGGUUAUGACUAUCAAAAGCCGGAAGCCUUGCGGAAUUGGAUUUUGAAAAACGUUGUUGGGUCAGGUAUCCUCGUACAGGAGGAAGAUGAACACAGGCGCCAGCGUAAAGUCAUGAACCCUGCUUUUGGCGUAGCACAAAUACGUGAAUUGACUGAGAUAUUCGUUGAUGAAUCACUUCAUCUGAGGGAUAUAUGGUUGUCCCAGAUAGGAGCAGAUAAUGGGCCAGUCCGUGUUGAUGUCCAAUCGUGGCUUAGUAGAAUGACGUUGGAUGUAAUAGGUCGAGCAGGUUUCAACCAUCGAUUCAACGCGCUCGAUUCCACCGAACCCGAUGAAUUGAGCAAAGCGUUUUCUGUUAUAUUUGGAAUUUCUUCUCGCUUCACGUUAUGGAAUGAUGUUUUGCAAGGCCUUUUCCCUCUGCUACGUGUAUUUCCUUCAACCUCUGAUUCUGUCAAGAAAGAAGCCCAGGUCACUAUGGAACGUAUCGGCCGAGAUCUUCUCCGGCAAAGCAAAGAACACCUCGCUGCAACAGGAGAAAAAGGAGAUGGUUGGCGUGCAAGAGAUUUAUUAUCGUUGUUGGUCCGGUCUAACAUGAGCAAGGAUAUCCUUGAACACCAGAAAAUGAGCGACGAGGACGUUAUUUCUCAGGUUCCGACGUUCCUAGUCGCAGGUCAUGAGACGACAUCGACGGCUGUAACGUGGGCGCUGUAUGCUCUGACCCAAGACAAGGAGAUUCAGUGUAAAUUGCGUGGGGAACUCUUACAAGUCUCGACUGAAAGCCCAUCCAUGGAUAUUCUCAACUCCUUGCCGUAUCUCGAUGCUGUAGUCCGGGAGACUCUACGUGUGUACUCGCCUGUCACUGGCACUGAGAGGGUUGCAAUGAAGGACGACAUCCUACCGUUGGGUGUGCCAUUCACUGAUAAGAACGGCGAAGUGCAUAAUGAUAUUCGGGUCCGUAAAGGUGAUCUCUUCAACAUCCCUGUUCUGGCCGUGAACAGAUCGAAGGCUUUAUGGGGGGAAGAUGCUAGGGAUUUCAAACCUGAACGGUGGUUGACACCUGGUGGGGUCCCGAGCACUGUUGCAUCAAUCCCCGGAGUUUGGGGCAACAUGCUGUCCUUCUUAGGAGGAGCCCACGCCUGUAUUGGUUAUAGAUUCUCUCUGGUCGAAAUGAAAGCUUUACUAUUUGUACUCAUCCGAGCCUUUGAGUUCGAACUCGCGGUAUCCCCCGAGGAUAUCGUCGGUAAAUCAAGCAUCGUUCGACGCAUUCACCUGAAGAGUGAACCUGAGAAGGGAAGUCAACUUCCUCUCUGGGUAAAGCCUUAUGUACAAUCAUGA